AUCUGCUCCACGUGGUCAAACGCGAUACACGUUUUCCCAAAAUCCUACCUCCGUCUUCGCAUGGACUUUCUCUCUCAAACUUAUGUUGCUCUUCGAGGCCCAACCGGAGCACCACAAACUGCCUCGGAUACCAUAGGGAGACUCAGCGAUAGACUUCAACCUGCCACCCUUCUCGCUGACAGACGAGCAGCUGUACUUGCACUAAAAGGCCUUUCACGAGAUUGUAAACAAGAUAUAGGGAGUUUGGCACUUCCAGGGUUAAUCCAAGUCCUCUAUAACGAUGCAGAGGUGGAUCCAGAUAUUGGGAAAGCUGUUUUAGAGACAUUGAAUAUCCUUUGCGAUGUCGAAGACAACCAGAAGGAACUUGGAUUCAGACAUACGGAUAUAGUAUUGGUAACUGAGCAGCCUGUACAUUCCUUAUUCGCUCUCUUGGGUGAAAACAACUUUUACACGCGAUAUGGAUCACUGCAGCUUUUGUCAACAUUGCUGCAUAAUCGCAGGCAAGUUGUACAGAGUUAUUUUCUGACAGCACCUACUGGUCCCGCGAGUGUUAUUUCUUCCUUGGAAGAUAAACGGGAGAUUGUAAGGAAUGAGGCUAUUUCAAUGGUCCAAUUACUCGUUUCACAGAGCGCCGACAUCCAAAAAGUUCUGGCUUUCGAAGGCGCUUUUGAGAAACUGUUUAAUAUCAUUAAAGGAGAGGGGGGAGUUGAGGGAGGCGCUGUUGCUCAUGAAGCUCUCUUGUGUGUCGAUGGUCUACUUCGCUUCAAUUCCUCAAAUCAAAGCUACUUUCGAGAAACCGGUCUUCCACCACUCCUUCUGUCUCUCCUACUCUUCCCACCAAAUUUACCGCCAGACGCAUCUGCACCCCAAGAGUUCGCAUUGCAAUUCUGGGACGAACAGAAAUUGAAAAACGCAAAAUCAGUCGUGGCGAUUAUCGGUUUGCUUGUUGGAUCAAAGGGUUACGGGGAUUCCCCCUUAUUCACCCGUUGCCUAAUCGAGCUCUCCCUUGCCUCAAACGCACCAACAGCACUCAAAACUCAAGCUCUCCAUCUCCUUCCCGCGAAUCUCAACUUUCCCCUCCCGGAACUGAUCAUCACACCGUACAUGCCCGUACCAGAAACCAACGGUGAAGAAUGGGAUCGCUUAGAAGCGGCAUCGGCGCUAGAUGUCCUGGUUGAGCUUGGGUUGAAUGGUGAAUAUAACGGGAUGGACAGUGCCAGGAGGUCUAUGAUCGGGUUGGAGUUGAGGACGGCUGCAGUGGGUGUUUUCGAAAAUUUUGUAAGAAAGGAGGAAACAAAAUACGCCAUUGUAUCGGCAAUGCUUGCUUCCGAAGGGAACGAUCCAUCAAAGUUACCCCCAACACCUCUUCUCCAAGCUCUAGCAAUGUCUCCCGAAUCAUCCACUCCAAUCGAUCACGUCCUGGUAUCUUCUAUUCAUUUCUCCAGUCUUCUCUUCUCCCAUCUACUCCGCUCGUCACCACGUUGCAAAGCUCUGGCGCGAUCUAUCAAGCCCCAAACCCCACAAACUUCCGCCCACCAUCCAUCUGAUGGCGGUGGUCAGUUCUUCGUACCUGCUGACGGCCCUGCUCCCGCGCCCGAACCAGAGCCCGCAACAGGGGCAGAGGAGGAUGACGACGACCCACAAACCCUCAUCCAAAUCCUCGCAGAAAAUCUAUCUCUAGCUUUUCUAUCCAGAUCCCGAACAGACACAUCUGAUAUGGAAUCGAGAGAAUGGGAACGGCUAAUCGUUGGUUAUCUCGCUCUGCUAUCGCAGUGGUUAUGGGAGGAUCCGGCUGCUGUUAGGGAUUUUUUGAAUUCGGGUGGGUUGGGAAUACUCGUGGAACCGAUAAAUCAAGUUUCCGAGACGGAUUUCCUCAUCUCAAGUCUUUGUGUAUUCCUGCUUGGGAUCUUGUAUGAAUACAACCGUGAACCUGGGGAGAUUACCCGAGCAACAAUCAACCCCAUUCUCAACCGUCUAGGCGUCGAUACACUCCUCGGGCGUAUGUCCCGGCUACGUGAAGACGACCGGUUCAAGAAUGUUAGCCCGGAAACGCUUGUGCAGCACUAUCCUGGUUCUGGGCCGCAAACUAUCGUUCCAGAAGGAGAAGUAUGGUUCGACUGGGCGUUUGUUGAUUUUUGGAAGUCGAAUUAUUAUACCAUCCAAAGAGGGCUUUCUACGGAUCCCAAUCAACUAGCUUCAGCAUCGGGACCUAGCGCGGAAACCGCUAUGCUCAUCGCUUCUCUUCAAGACACGCUUCGUAGUCAAUCUCAGGAAAUAGAAGAUCUUCGGAAACAAUUGCAGCAGCAGCAGCAGCAACAAAAACCUGUAGCAAACGAAGAUGAGAUAUCAGCCCUCAAAUCCCAAGUAUCUUCACUCAAACUCGCUCUUCAAGCCUCGGACGAAAAACAGAAAGAGAUGGAGAGAGAACGGAAAGAAGCGGAGAAGGAACAGGAGGAUUUGUUGGUUCUCCUUGAUGAGGUUACUGCGAAGAGGAAACGAGACAAGGGGAAGAUGCGGGAAGCUGGGUUGGGUGCGGAGGUGUCGGAGGAUGAGGUGGACGAAGAGGACGGAGAGGAUGGGGAUGAUUAGGGUUGACACGGAGAUGUAGGAUGGUCGAUAAAUGGCUUCAAUGUCGAAUCAUUGGUAUCUUAAGAAGGAAGGAUUCACAAGCGUCGUUCCUGUCUCGUUGAACUGAAGGUCAAAGGAGAAGAAUCGGACUUUCGGCACGUUGCUGCUACUGGACCUCAUUACUCGUGAGGUAUUGAUCAUUUGAAGUUAUUGUAUUCUUAUAUCAAGCACCAUUAAACAUUUAACUGUAUAUACACACAACGGUGUUACUUAUGUAUGAUUGAUAAAGCAUAAAGGAAUUGAUACAAUAUCUAUCGGU